AUGUCUAAUAUUACAUCAUCUAUUCAAAUUACAAAACAAUCAAGUUAUAAAUUAAACAAUGGUCAACAAAUACCAGUUGCUGGUUUUGGAACAUAUGAAAUUCCUGUUGAAAAGACAGCAACUUUAGUUUAUGAUGCAUUAAAAUUUGGUCACAGACAUAUUGAUACUGCAAUUGCUUAUCAUAAUGAAAAAGAAUGUGCUCAAGGUAUUGCUAAAUUUUUAAAAGAAAAUGAAGGUAAAAUUUCAAGAGAAGAUAUUUGGUUUACAACUAAAAUAAAUGAAGCUUCUCAAGGUUAUGAAAACACUAAAAAAGCAAUUGAAAAAAUUAGUAAUGAAGUUAAACCAUAUAUUGAUUAUGUUGAUUUAAUUUUAAUUCAUUCUCCAAAAACUUCGAAAACUAAAAGAAUUGAAACUUAUAAAGCAUUACAAGAAUUUGUUUUAGAUCCAAAUAAUUCGUUACUUAAUAUUAAAUCAAUUGGAGUUUCAAAUUAUGGUAUUGAUCAUUUAGAAGAAUUAUUUAAUUGGGAUGGACUUUUAGUCAAUCCAGUUGUAAAUCAAGUUGAAACUCAUCCAUGGUUACCAAGAAUUAAACUUAGAGAAUAUUGUGUUAAACAUGAUAUUUUAAUAGAAGCUUAUUCUCCAAUUACUAGGGGUAUAAAAUUUGAUGAUCCAGAGUUGAAAGAAUUAUCAAAGAAAUAUAAUAUAAGUCCACCUGAAAUAUUAUUAAAAUGGUCAUAUUUACAAGGUUAUAUUGUAUUAGUUAAGUCAGAAAACCCUGAUAGAAUUAAAGCUAAUUUAAAUAUUUUACCAGAUGGUAAGAAAAAUGAUGAUGAAUUGGAAGAGAAUAUCUUAUUAGGUAAAAUUGAUUUAGAUUCAGAGAUUUUGGAGAGAUUAAAUAAACCUGAUUCACAUGAAGUUUUAACUUGGGGAGGUAAUGAUCCUUGUUUAUACAAGGAUUAA